GAACGGAGACGACGAGCAAUUUCAGUCAACUUUUAUGCAUGAUCCAUCAAUGUUGAACCACAUAGGCCAGAACAGUGCAUCUCCAUUUGCUAACCAGGGAGUACAGAAUAAUAUUGCAGAUUCACCUGUCUCCAAAGCGAAGAAACAUCAGGAUGCGUUACAAGAGGCUGGUCUGAGAGUCAAACAACAUGAAGAAAAUAUGAAGUUUUUACAGACUAAGAAGAACAAAUUGGAUGAUUCGAUUAUAGAUCUACAAGUUGCACUUGGCAAAUAUCAUUCAGCAACUAGCCCUGCAAUUGGAAAUGAUGGUCUCUCCUAUUUACGGAGUGAGGAGGAAACACUUGAACAGAUUUUAAAGCAUGAGAAAUCUGCAGCUGCGGUUUUGUGCCAUCUGAAAACCCUUCCUCGCACUCGGGAAUAUAAUUCUCCAGUACGAAAGGAUGUGCUUGGGGUUGUUGCCACACUUGCAAGAGUUGAAGAUGAUAAACUCAGCAUGGCUCUCUCAGAUUACUUGGGACUAGAGACCAUGUUAGCUGUGGUAUGCAAGACCUAUGAUGGUGUUAGGUUGCUGGAAACAUAUGACCAUGAGGGCAUGGUAAAUAAAAGCUCGGGACUUCAUGCACUUGGAAUGAUCAUCGGGAGGCCUUUGGAUGGCAGGUUUCUUGUCAUCUGCCUUGAGAACUUAAGUCCAUUUGCUGGUGAUUUCAUAGCUGAUGACCCACAAAGAAGGCUUGAUCUUCCAAAACCCAAAUUACCAAAUGGGAAAUCUCCACCUGGUUUUCUUGGGUUCGCUGUUAAUAUGAUCAAUGUGGAUAGCAUUAAUCUGUGUUAUGUAACGAGCAAUGGUCAUGGCCUAAGAGAGACCUUGUUCUAUCACCUCUUUUCACGCUUACAAGUGUACAAAACGAGGAUCGAGAUGCUUCGAGCUCUCCCGUGUAUAAGCAGCGGGGCAGUCUCUUUGGAUGGUGGAAUUAUAAAAGGUGCUGGCAUAUUUUCCCUGGGAAGCAGGGAUGUAGAUGUGAAAUUUCCCAAGAACUUUGGAAGGACAUAUCCCUCUCAGAACUUUUUCCAAAACGAGAGUAAAGUGAAGGAACUUAAAUGGGAAAGGGAAAGGAUUUCAGAAGACAUGCAGAGAGAACAAGCAUUGCUAUACCAUGCCAAGGUCAACUUUGAAAUAAAAAAACAAGAGUUCAUCAAACACCAUGCUCAGAGCUCAUCAUAUGCCGCUCAAGUACUGUCUAUGUCUCUGUGUUAUUUGCGAAUGCUCGUCCAUUAGGAUAAUCUGUGCAUCUCAAUAGUCCUAAAUAACUGUGAAUAAGAUACUAGAAGUAGGGCAAAUGACACUUUUAGCACACCUAUUAUUGGCCCUGCUUGUAUUUCAGCGUUUUGGUGGC